AUGUCUUCGACCAUAACGACACUUCCGUCUCCAAAUGACUUGGAGGCUACUUGGAGUUUUCUUGAAAGUGGCAUCGACCAGAUUAUGAAUGGGACUGAGCAAAGGGUUGACUAUAAGCGAUAUAUGGAUCUUUACACGUAUCCUAGGCGGCGUUUGUCUGUUUUUUAUGAUACUCCUGUGAGACAAAAGAAACACACAAUAUUGACAAUAAUGAUAAUUCUCGUCAAAUUUUCACACAUAACUUAUUUAUCUUUAACUCUUUCACUUCACACUAAUGACGCAGAUGUGUUUACCAUUAUUGUACAACUCCGAGGUGCAUAUUUAAAGGGAAGUGAUCUUUAUGCGCGUCUCGUAAGUUAUCUUGAAAGGCAUCUAACACCGAUUCGUACGGAAUUAGAACAAUAUACGGACGAGAGCCUAUUACGCUGUUACACUAAACAAUGGAAAAAGUAUAACACUGCAUCUUCAUAUGUUCACCACGCUUUCCGUUUUCUCAAUCGUCAUUGGAUAAAAAGGGAAAUCGACGAAGGAAAUAAAACAGUGCAUGAUGUCUACACGCUUACAUUGAUUAGCUGGCGAGAUAACGUGUUCUCAGCCAUACAACAUAAUGUGAUGGAUGCCGUAAAGAUGCUCAGACAACGUCAAGGAAAUGGGGAGACUGUCGAAACAGGUUUUAUAGAACUUGUUGUCGAAUCAAUUGGUAAUAAUUUAUAA